AUGUAAUAAGUGACUCCUGCAUAUGUGAAAUCGUUGACAGGGCCUACUGCUAAUUUUCUGUGUCCAGUAAAUGCAAAUAUUUACAACAUCCAAUUUUUGAAAUUUAGAAUUCGAGAUAUGGAUUCAGGUCAAGUGUUGUUUGAGGUGGAGAGAGAUCCAGAUGAAUAGCCAAUAGAAUAAUUACCCGUUGAGUAUUAAGAUGAGGCCAGAAGGAUUAAAUAUCAAUUUGGACCCUAGUUUUUUGAAUUGAAAACAGUAGGUGCUUAACUCACGUUCUCAGUUGGAAAGGAUCCAGUGAAAAACUUCACGAUUAUUGAAAGACACUAUUUCAGAGAUCACUUAUUGAGAUGCUACGAAUUCUAAUUCCCAUUCUGUAUUCCCAAUUCAACUAACACAUGGGAACACAUUUACACAAUCCCAGAAAUCGAUGAAGCUAUGGUAUAAUAAAUGAUAGACAAUCCAUUCGAAACGAAAUCUGAUAGUUUCUACUUCGUCGGAGAUUAAUUAGUGAUGCAUAAUAAAGCAGAAUAUGAUUACUCUGAAUGA